UCUAAGUUCUCCCUUUUUUUUAAUACUUAAUAGGGUGUGAUAAUUAUUAAUGUAUUAUGUGAGUUAUUAAGAUGUUAUAUGUAAUUAACGACAUUAAAUAAUUAAUUAUGGAUGUAAGAAAAUGAAUGAUGAGAGAAAUUAAGUGGCGAGGGAAAGCAGUGGGGGUUGAGCAACAGUGAACAGUCCGGCAUGGGGAAAAAGCGAAAGGCGAAGAAAGCCCCUAAUGGAAAGCAGCGGAACCACCAAAACGUCGCCGCUUUGGUUUGCCGAGUAACAGACGCAGCACAAUCCUUCCUCUCCGAUAACGACCUCACUCUUCUCCCCUCCCAAUCCCUCCUUCUCGAAACCCUAAUCUCCUCCCUCUCACCCAACCCCAUUCUCCCUCCGCCGCAAAACGACUCCUGGUUCCGCCGUUUCCGCUGCGUCUCCGAUUCCCGAUGGGGCCACGCCUUCCGCAUGUCGAAACCCUCCUUCUCCCACCUCCUCACACUCCUCUCCCCCUCCCUCGCCCCUUCCUUCCCCCACACCGCCCCCGACUGCGUCCUCGCCGCCGCCCUCUUCCGCCUCGCCCACGCCGCCCCCUACGCCUCCCUCGCCCGCCGCUUCGCCCUCUCCCCGCCCGACGCCUGCCGCGCCUUCUUCGCCGUCUGCAAGGCCCUCGCCGACACCCUCCACCUCCCCUCCCACUCCCAGAGUUCGCCUUCCCUCCCCAACUGCUUCGGCGUUUUAGGCUUCGCAAGGUUCCAAAUUCAGGCCCAAAAAAACGACUGCUUGAUGGUUCAAGCGUUGGUCGACUAUAAAGGAACGUUCUUGGAUAUCUCAGCCGGGUGGCCCAGUACGAUGAAGCCCGAUUCGAUUCUUCGUCGGAGUAAGCUUUAUCACGGUGUUGUGGAAUCCAAGGAGUUGUUGAAUGGGCCGUGUUGUGACCUGGAUGGGUGUUUGAUUCCUCAGUAUGUUUUAGGAGAUUCUUGUUUUCCCCUUUUGCCUUGGCUUUUGACGCCUUAUAACAGGGUCAACGAGGAGGAUAGUUUUGGUUCUGCUGAGAGAGCGUUCAAUUUUGCGCAUGAAAGUGCGAUGGGGUUGGUACGGGACGCGUUUCGGAGGCUUCGCGCCACGUGGCGGCUUCUCGCGGCUUCCAGAAAGUGGAAGCGGGAGUGUGUUGAGUAUUUGCCGUUUGUGGUUGUUGCUGGCUGUUUGCUGCAUAAUUUUCUUGUCGAGUGCAAUGAGGUGGUGGAGUUGAAGGAUGGUGAAGAGGUGGGUUGUGUUGAAAAGGAAGAGGCUUUUGAUGGAGUUGGGGAUGAGAGUGCGGUGAGGGUGAGAGAUGCACUUGCUUUGCAUUUGAGUAGGACGAGCUUGAGAAAAUGAGUGGUGGGUGAGGAUGGAAUCAGGUGCGGAUGAUUUUGUAUUUGUACCAUCACAGUGUUACUCGUGAGUUAUUUUUGAAAAUUGGCUUGCUAGUGGAACCAAUGUUAGUACACAGCAUAUGAUCUAGUCAAUGAAGUAAAGUACAAUUUUUGUUUUGAUCUUAAUAAGAAAACAGGUAUUCGGAUAUGUAUAUUGACAGCUACAUAUUUUCGGUUCUUAACAACUUCUGAGGGUUGUCGUCCAUGAAGUAAUAGCAGUUGAUAAGGAUGAAGUGAAGCAAAGCUCGCUGCUAAUGUCGAUGUGUAAGACACUGCAAAGUGCAAAGCUCUCAAAGAAAACGUCCAAGUCUAUGAAAUCAGCAUUAUUGUUUCACUCAUCAUCAAAAAAGUGCAACUUUUUUGUAGUGGAGGUCCACAAAGAAAAGGGUUGUCAUAGAAACUACUCUCAUCAAAUUGAAUAAGUUGGUUUUUCUUGUCACACGUUGAACUUGAUAUGUAGUUGUGUCACUUGCGUGCCACGUUAAAUACUUCCUGGAUGCUUAAUCCAGAUAGUUGAGAGGAAUUCUGCCUCUUAAUUUGUAAUGAAAUGAGGAAGAUCAAUAAGCUCUCUUUUAAAUUGGAGAAUCUGGCUGGGAUUGGCCUUAGUUGUUGUCGUAAUUCCAUGUUUAUGUAUGUUAUUGUUCCUGUCAUGUAAGCACGAACUUUUGUUGAGACGUCAAA